AUGCUAGCUGUAUCCUCCUCUUCGUUCUGGUGCUCCUCGCCUCUGUUCUUUGGUACGAACAUCCCGGUCGAAUCGUCUCCUCCGGCUUUUUCCCGUGUAAGAUUACGGCCACUUCGUUUCUCCGCUGCUUACACCUCUACAGCAUAUAAGACGAGACCUCCUUACCUCUCUUCUCCAAAGAUGGCUUCCUCUGCAUCGCUUUACGAGGUUCUCGGUAUACCGGUGGGAGCCAGUUGUCAGGAGAUCAAGGCUGCGUAUCGGAGAUUAGCUCGACUUUGUCAUCCUGAUGUCGUCGCGAUUGAUCGGAAGGAGAAUUCUACCGAUGAAUUCAUCAAGAUCCACGCGGCUUACUCCACUCUAUCUGAUCCACAAAAGCGCGCGGAUUACGACUGCAUGCUUUUUAAUCGCCAGCAACGGCCUUUUAGAUCUCCGACGUCCACCUCAACAUACAGGGCUUCGUCCAUGUCGGGAUUCUCCGGUUACUCUCGCCGUACUUGGGAGACAGAUCAGUGUUGGUAA